UUAAAAAUGGAGAGUGAAAAUAAAGUGGAAAAGGCGGUUCCUUCUAAUGAAAGCCAGAAAAAGAUUCGUCAUAGAAAGAAACAGCUUUAUCACUCUAUAUUGAAACAAAUGGAGUUUUAUUUUGGAGAUGCCAAUUUAUCUAAAGACAGGUUUCUUGGAGCUUUGAUAAAAGAAGAUCCUUAUAUCCCUUUGACUACGUUCUUGAAAUUCAAUAAAAUUAAAUCGCUUACUGAUAACAUUGAAGACAUUGCUAAAUCGGUUUCAAAUUCAGAAAUAUUAAAAUUGUCUGAAGACGAAAAAAAGAUAUGUCGUAUAACUCCUAUCAAGGAAAGGACAAAUCUUGAUGAAUGCACUGUAUAUGUGGAAUGCCUGCCACCAAACAUUGACCAUGAUUGGCUUCGUAAUAUAUUUGUGACAUUUGGUCCAGUGUCUUAUAUAUCAGUACCUAGAUUCAAACACAAUAAAAAAAUCAAAGGAUUUGCAUUCGUUGAGUUUGAAGAUCCUGCAUCUGCAACCAAAUGUUUAGAAGCAUUUGAAGAGGCAGGUGCUAAAUUGCUUCCAAUGAUGAAUCCAGAUGAUUUAUGUAGUAUCACUUCAUUUGAGGACCCUAAUCAACCGAAAGUUGAUGAUAAAGAAAAUGAUAAGGCUAAAGAAAAUGAACAAGAAAAAUGUGAAACCAAAAUGGAGGAAGACUCAAAGACUGAUACUAAGUUAAAAACACAAAAGCGCAAAGCCAUGGAAUCUGAUUCAAGUUGUGAUGAACAAGUACAGAAAAAGAAAAGUAAAGUGAAAUCUGAGACUGAUGCCAGUAAAGAAACACUGAAAAGAAAACAGAUCAAGAAUCUUCCUCUACGAAUACAGAAAAAAAACCUGUAGAUAAACCUAUUUUAACAGACAACACAUCUGGUGUUGAAACUGAGGAUAAUGAGACAGAAACAUGUCCAGAAGCCAAAAAGAAAAAAAGGAAACGAAAGAAGCAAGUCAAGAAAUACAGAGAAAGUAUUGC